ACAUUAACUGAAACAUUGAGCAGCUUUUAGAACUAUGCAGAAAUUUCAGAAAUGUCCUGCCUGGAUGUGCCUGCAACUCCAUCUUCUGCUUUGGACCUGGUCUGCUGCAGUUAACAGACUUUAGCCAACCCCACAGCCCCCUAAACAAGAGGGAGCACUAUAAUGAAGAGAAGCUGUUUCUUUCACGGGCUGAGUCAUGGGCUCCUUAGAGCAGCACACUACCUGCAGAGGUGCUGGGCUCGUUUGCUGGGUUAAGAUACUGUCUGGAAUGGGAGGAGAUGUGUGGCAGCUGGGCCUCCAGCUGUGCAUUACUGCUGUGCUGCUCUUUGGUGGAGGAAGAGGGAAAGAGCUCCCUGGCAGCCUGAGCUGCCUGAAUAACUACGUGACUACUGUGAGCUGCACGUGGGCAAUGGAGGAGCCCGUAGGCAACGGACCUUUCCACUUGCAUUUCACCAACCUCUGGUCAAAGGGCCACAAUGCCAGCUGCAAACUGACUGCCACAGAGAGCAUGCAGAAUCAGUACCACUGCACAAUCCAUUUAGCCAGCCAGAUCUUGGAAACAGAUGGUUAUAGAGUCUCCCUCCAAGGCAACUUCUUUGGACGUAAUCACACGUACAUUACCUUUCCAGAGUACAAUCCCCGCAAGCACAUAAAACUUGAUCCACCUUUGAACGUCCAGAGCAACGCCACUGCCAGCAAGUGUCAGAUAUGGUGGAGUGUGCCUUGGUAUCUCGUUGACAUUCUUCAGUAUGAGUUGCAGUAUAAGGAGUACAGCAUGUCCUGGGAGAUCGCAUUGAACAAGACACCACCCAGUUCACUGCCACAGAUAGAAAUUGAAGCCACAGAGCUUCGCAGUGGCAUUGCUUACAUUGCACGAGUUCGCUGCAAAAUUUCUGAAAAUGAAGAUUCGUACCAUAGUCAGUGGAGUGAGUGGAGCAAGACAACAGUGUUUCAAAGAGCAGGUGUACCAAAACUGUCUGAAAAGAUCAUAAAUACCAAAACUAUGCAGUUCUUUUUCAUUCCUCUGAGUUUUGGCACGCUACUCUAUUUAUGUUGGAACUGCAAGCUUUCUUCAAGGGCAAAAAGCCUCUCCUGCUUUAACAUUCCCACACCAGCUGCUUUCUUUCAACCACUCUAUAAUUUGCACAAUGGGAAUUUUAAGGACUGGGUUGGACCUAAUGAGGCUUGUAGCCAUCUUAGAAGAGAGGAGGCCAGGAACUCAAACAAAGUGACUGCAGAUGGAGUUUCUGAGCUAAACACCCAAGAACUGAUUUCCCAGAUCUCCUUGAAAACUAUGGAAAGCACAAAUCUGGUUGCUGCAGAAGAAAACUUCGUAUUUGCCUCAGGUCCAAGCCAGCAGUAUGUUCCCAGCAGGUGUGGAAGAGCAGAAGAGACAGAAGUGAGGCUGGGAAUAUUGUUUGCACAAAACCAUGCUGAUGAUACAGUUGGCCUGAAAAUCUCUGAAAUAAUUAAAGCCAACCUUGAGACCCCUAGCAUGGGAAGGAAUUAUCCCUCUCACUCACAGUAUGGAAAGGGUGACUUCCUUAUGCUUCAGGAAUCUUUAGAGAUAGCAAAUGUGUCCUUCAGCAGUAGUGACUAUUGUACCUUGUGUGACAAUGAUACCACAGGUUUGAUUUCUGCUGAACUACUGAAGCUCUCCAAUGGUAAUAGUCUUGUCAAACAUCAGAAUGAUCAGAGUGACCUUCCCUGAGGAAUACUGCCUGCAAAGGUUUUUGUGCUGUCCUCUCACCUCCCAACACUGUCUUCCCAAGUGGCUUAAACAGUGACUGUGCAGACAAUUACACACAUGUAUCAUUUUUAGGUAAAUCCUCAAUUUCUGUACUUCAGAAGAAGACUGUGACCAACUCCUCUGGCUAGCAAAUACUACCCCUACAGGCAUGGCAAGGCCUGACUCUAGCAACAUCGGCUGUCUCAGGAGACACUUGACCAUGCCCUUCCCUGUAUUAACCUCCUGGCAGUAGCAGAAGUCCAGCAACCCCCUAGUCUAAGGAAGUAGUAACAGACCUGCUGUUUUUCCUCAGAAAGAGUUGUUGGAAUUCUGUGCCUCUCAAAAGCAGCAAUAUUUGCAAAGUGCUGAACCAUGAUUUAAACUCCAUUGUUAUUUUAAAACUAUGUACGUUUUUUCAUAAAACCACGAUAAACAAUUUUUGCU